AGUAUCUAUAGCUAUAUAUCUAUAUAUCUAUAUAUAAGUAUAUAAGUAUAUAUGUUCAUGUGCUAACAGCUGGCAGCAGCAAUUUUGAGUGCGGCGGUACGCGAAAAACAAGCCAAAUCGAAUUAUAUUGAAAUAGAAAUAAGAAGAAGAAGAAGAAGGAGAAGCAGACGAACUGUAGAACAAAACGGCUGCAGCAGACGCAGGCGAAGAGAGAAAGAUGACGACACCGCAAUUGCUCAAUAAAAACAUACGCACAAUGCCCGCCUGGGUGAACGAGGCGAACGAUCGCAUUGGACCCAAGCCGCCGCCUACGCCCAUGAAUGGUAAUGCGGCGAGUAAUGGAAGUCAGCUGAAGGUGCCGACACUGCCACCCAAGACGAAGAACACACCCGAACCCGACUACGAAGUCAUCGAGUUCUCCAAUCAGCAGCAGUACUCAAAUGAGCCCAUGAAAACUACACAGAUUCGCACCAAAACGCCAGAUAACAAACUGAAAUGCACACUGUGCGGCUCACAGAAUCCCUGGGUGACCUGUGCCGAGUGCGCGGGUCAAAUCUUUUGCGCCAGCUGCGAUGACAUGUUCCACAAGCAUCCCAAGCGGAAGCAGCAUAUACGCAAGGCUGUGGAGCAGGGCACACCGCCCGUGCCACCGAAGGCGGCGGCGGGAGGCGGCACACCGCCGGUGGCGCCACCGCGACGCAGCAAGCGCGGCUUGUUGACACCGUUUCUGGGCCGCAAGGAACAGAUGUUGCCGCCGGCCUCGCCGACGCCCUCGCACAAGUCCAAUGCCUCUGGCGUCUGGCGGGGCACAGGAGCGCCCCAAAUGAACAAUCGCCCGUUGCCGGAGCCGCCGCGUUCGGCGCCCAGCGAGGGCGGCGGCUCCUCGCGCUCCGGCACGCCCAAAUCAGUAUUCGACACGAUCAGCCGCCCGCCCUCCGUGCAGCUGGAGAAGAUCAAGACCAAGGCGAACGCCACGCUGGAUCGCAUGGCCCAGCUCCAAAUGCGCUACCGCCAACAGAGAGCGCUGCACGACACGACGGGCAGCGAACAGCAUUUGGCGAACUUCGAGCAUUGGUCAAACAACAACAUUUCACCAUCGCCAUCGCAUUUUCGUUCCGGCAGCAUGUCAUCCGGUUUGAAUUCAUCGCAUUUUGAUCUAUCGGAUGAUUCACACAAUUUUCACAAUUCCCUGUUGCUCCAACAACAACAACAACGACAACAACAACAACUACAACAACGACAGGCAGCGAGCGGUCAGCGUCGCCAAAUGAGCAGCUCCGUGUUCAAUUUGAACAGCCUGAACUCGCGUCGUCCUCUCGCCGAGAAUCAGCCGAACGGCGCCUGGCUGGCCAGUCAGCGCAUGCAACAGGCCCAAUCCUUGGCGCAGCUCAACUGCGCCGGCUGCCAGAUCCAUCAACAGCCCAACUGGCCGCCGCCGCCGUCGCCGCAUCCACAUGCUCAAAUGCCUGGCGAUGAGUGGUCACAGUUUGGCUCCCAGCAGCAGUUCAAUCACUCGAAUCUGUCGCUCAACUUGGGCGCCGGCUACUUGCCACAGCAGCAGCAGCUGCAGCAGCAUCCGCCGCACUAUCCGCCGCCCGUGUUCAUGACCCAGCGCGGCAUGAUGCCCAAUAUGUAUCCGGGCGCAGCGGGUUAUCCCAUGAUGCAUCCAGGCGUCAUGGGCAUGCCACCCACAGCUGCCUCGCGUGCCACGUCGCGCGCUCGUUACGCCGCCUCGCCCACGCCCAGCCGCAAGUCCGUGUCCGUGUCCGUGCGGCGCAAGCGCAGCAGCUAUGUGGACGAUGAGCUCACCGACGACGAGGACUCCGAUCAGGAUGACCGGCGGUCCCUGGUCUCGAAUCGCUCGGGCAUGACCAGCGCCUCGCGCGCCCAUCAGCAUCAUCAGCGUCAGCGGCGCUUGUCCAGCGCCUCGCAGCUGAUGAGCAACGGGGCCAACGAUGAGCUGGACGGAGAGCAGCGACACGGCGGCAGGCAGCACAAAAUGCGCGAUCGUCGCGGCUCCGUAGCCAAGUCCGUGCAGAGCGAGUGGCUGCCCGACCGGCGGGAUUCAAAUGCAGGAGGCGGCACCUUGAAGCGUCAUCAACAGGAACUAUCGAAAACCAGUCGCAUCUAUUCGGAUCUGGAGUCGGAGGGUUCGGGGGCACGUGCUUUGGUCCAAGCUAAAAUCCAACAGAAACUGCAGGAGGCAGAUCAGCAAAAGACGAAAGAGAAACGAGCCGAGUCCAAGCGCAGGCCAGAAAUGAAGGAUGAGAAUACGCAGGCAGCGGCGGUUGUGCAGAAGCUGACGGACACAACGCCAGCUAAGACAGAGCAAAGCGAAUCCGAGUACGAGGAGGUGGUGGAGGAGGUCACCGCCUCGGAGAGCGAGGCGGAAGCGGAAGUUCCAACAGCAGUUGCAGUGGAGGAAGCGACAGAAGAUGAUUUAGGUCCGCCGCCAACGACGCCCGAUCACGAAUGGGAAUGCGAGUUCUGCACAUUUGUGAAUGAGCCCAAUAUUAAAAUCUGUGCUAUAUGCUGCAAGACGCCAUGCAAACCACCCGUCAAGCCAAAGGCAACCAACAAGAUCGAAAACAGAUCCACCACAGUUGAGCCCAAGACGACGACGACAACAACUCAAUCAGAGGACAAGCUUGUGCGCAAGAGCGCCAUGAAGACCACAAGAUCCGUGGAGCAGGCUGUUCCGGCCACACAAAGCACGUCCAAGCUGCCAGCUGCAGUCAAGCCCAAACAGGCGAUACAAUCCAAGGCCAACAUUAAGAAAUCCGCAACAGCUGUCAAGUCCAAGCUGAAGUCCACAUCGGACAAUCAAACGGAUAGUUCCCUCUCCAAGGGUUUCAUACACAAAGAAUCCGUUGAGAAUAUUUGGAAUACACUGGAUGAGAGCAUACAGGCACAGGCGGAACAGGUACUCAAGCAGGCGCAAAAAGUCUCCACCGGCUGUGGCGGCACCCCGCCCAGGGAGCUGGCAGCCCCGAAACCGGAUGACCCGCUGCGACAGGCACGUGAAAUGGCUACGUCACCUCCGCCGCAGAACAUCUCCACACAAACCUACGAUGCGCUGCCCAUUGCAGCAGCAGCUGCUGCUACUUCCCAUCCGGAGCCAGCCAGGAUGGAGCGGAAGAUCUACUAUCGCAGCAGCUCACAGCUGACGCAGGAGAACGAGCGGGAUUUAAGAAUGCAGCCGGAGCCCGCCGCAGUUCUAUAUAACAGCGGGCAGCUGACGAGACGACCGAAUUUCAUAAACGAUCUCAGAACUCUGCAGCACCAAACCUCGUCACCAUUUGAUUUGCCGCACGAAUCGGUUGGCUACAAGCACGAACCAGCACGAGAUCCCGAGAUCGAAAUGCACAUCAUACUCAAGGAACUGGAGCUCUAUAAAUUCACUGUGGAAGAAUUGGAAGCAGCUCUGAAAUAUUGCGGCCCGGAUAUGCAUCCCAUACAAUGGCUGCGCGAGAACUGGCACAAGCUGGUCCAGACCGUGCAGAGCCUAUCCACAAAGUACGGUCAGGAGCGGGCGGAGAACACAAUCGGAACUAUCUCACAGAACGAGGCGCGUGAGGCGCUUCGGAGCUCGGCUGGAAAUGUUUGGCAGGCGGUGGCCGAGUGCAUACAGCAGCGACAGCAAAAGUAUCGCAAGCUGGCGGCGAAGGGGAAUUUCCUGAGUGAGGACAUUGUGAAUGCGUUGACGGCGCAUCAAGGUAAUGUGGAGCAGGCUUUGAUGGAACUGAAUCGCACACAGCUCAAACCAUUUCUAAUGCGCAUCUGGGGCUCGCCGAACGGCGUGGAGAAUGAGAGCGUGGCCGUAGAUAACAAGUCGGACAUCCAUGAGUUUCUCAACACACAUGCUUUGGACUGUUUGCAAAUGCAGAACAGUGAGAGUCCAGCGCUUGCCAAUCCAUUCGAUGCUCUAUACACUGAUGACACUCAUAGUCCUGCCAAGUCUACAUAUGCCACGCCCAGUCCUUACCAGCUAGAAGAUAGUACGCUCAAGAAUCUCGAAAUACUCAUUGGCAAUAUGGAACAGAAUCAGGCCAAGCAGAAUCAGGAAGUACUUCGUUCGAUUGAGACCAUGCUGGAGACUUUCAAGGGCAAGCCCGAUCAGGAGUAUGAAACGGAUCCGGAAGUCAUGCGCAUUCUUACCAAAAGUCCGAUUAGCACACUGAAAUCCCCAACCGCUUUGUCGGACAAGUCCAGCGACGAUGUCAAAAACUUUGUCUGGCAGCACAUACAGGAUAUUGAGCCCAAUCUGGUGCAGCAGGUGGAGCAAGAGCUUAUGGAACCCAUGGAACCUAUAGAAGUAGCGCCACCAAUAAACACAAUUGCGCCUGAGCCAAUCCCAGAAAAGGAGCCCACGCCACCGCCGCCUGAUCCUGGGCUUUAUAUCAUGGAAGAGUUCAUCAGGCCAAAUUUAAGAGAGAGUGCCAUACGUGAGGAAUUGCCACCGAAUUUUAUUUAUGCCACGGAAAUAGCCAACUUUAAACUGGAGUUUGAUCGUGGCAUGGAGAGAUGGCAUGAAUCGGAAUUCAAGUUGGAUGACCUGGAGGAUGCGGAGCACAUUGUCUACAAGAGCUAUAUGGCACCCAAGGUGGAAGCUGUAAAAGAAGAAGAACUACCAGAGGCCACAGUGAGCCAACAGCAGAGCCACAAUUUGCACAAUCUGGAGACUGAUAGAAAACCCAACGAUAGAGAUGCUGGCCCAUCUACAGUAGUGGAGGCAAUCGCAGCGCAGUCUUCUCUUAGCUCAGAUCCUUCUACAUCUGCUAAAAAGUCUGAUGAAAUAAUCCCAAAGGAACUUAUCAAUGCGUCGACAAACAAGCUACCAGCUCACAGCUCUUUAGUCCCAACGGCUAUUGCAACUGAGAAGUCACAAGAGAUUUCACCAGAAGAAAAUUUGGCACCUUCUGCUCUCGAGUCGAGGGUUACAGCUCAGACAACAGCUGAACUUGAGGAGAAGCCCAGCUCAAGUCGAGAAAAUAAUAAAAGAAAUAAAAGAUCCCAGUUGCCGAAAAAAGGAAGAACACGCGAUCAAAGUCAAAAGCCGGAAAACAGAAAUAGGUUGCCCAACAUUACAGCGAAAGUGUUGGAACAAAGCGAACCUAAGGAGCAGAUAGAACUGCUUCAGAUAGACACAGUGCCAAACAUAGCUGGGAUAGAAGUACAGUCUGAAAAAACAGCAACUGAAGCUGUAGCAGGAAUUGCAGAAGCUGUAAUGGAAGUAAAAGCCGAAGCAGGAGUCGCAGGAGCAGAACAAGCUAAUGAAGAAGCUAAAGCAGCAGUACAAGCUACACCUGAAGAAUCUAAGGAGGAACUACAGGCCGAAACGGAAGAAGUACAAGCAGUGGAAGCGCUUUUACAACCUGAAACAGAAACGGAAACACAAGCUGGAAGUCCUCCUUCAACAAUUCAAAUUGAAGCAGUUGACACAGAACCAAACAACGACCAUUUGGAACCAUCUGAGACUUUGGUCAAUGUUGUGGAAGUCGAAGGAGCUUCACAGGGCUCUGAAGAUAAUUCAAAGUCCCCACAAGUUUCACAGUUCGAAAACGCGCCUACUCAAGCUGGGGAGAGCAUUCCUAGUUUAGAAGCAGAUGAGAUACAAGUAACACGAGCUGCAGAGCAAGCCGAAAGAAUGCCAUCCUUAGCCGCCCUAGCCCAAACAGAGCUUCCCACAAGUAGCACAAUUGAGUUAAUUCCAACUAUUGCUGUGGCGUCCAAUCAGAAACGUAGUCCCAAACGUUUCUCUAAAAUACCCGUGCGAACUCUCAGCACAAAUAGUCUGCGCAGCGAAAGCAGAAAUAGUACACAUACGCCAACAGCAGAGGUUGAAAGAACCACUACGAAUUCCGAGGAGCAUAAGGAAUCCAGUACGGAAGAAGGCAUGCCAGAAGCUCAAGAUGUUAACUCGCAAGCAGAACCAACAACCGAGCGGAACACAUCUGCCGAGGUAGUCACACCCAACGACUCGGAGGAGGUCUUUGAAGAUGCCACAGAGUUCGGCAGUGAGGAGCAGCAGGCACACGAUGAAUCUCCCUCCGACACAGAGCUCUAUAGUCUGGACAGUGAGGAACACCCUCCAAAAUCGCCAGAAAGUGAAGUGCUGCUCGUUCUCAACCCUGAGGAGCCGACGGAGAGCUUGAGUGUAGUACAAUCUCCUAGCAGUACCACAAUCAGUUCGCAUUCAAGUGAAUCCGAUGCGGAACCGGUGGUCUUUAAGGAGUUUAUACCAUCUGGAGAUCCUACCAAGCAAAAUCUAAGUGAACUUGUGGAAGACACCCAACGUUUGAUCAAGCAAAUGCGCGACGAGAUAAGCAUGGAUGAGUUUGAGUCCACCGACGAGGAGGACUACUCCGAAGACUACUCCGAUGAGUACGAUGAGGGCGAAGAGGAAGACUGGUAUGACAGUGAGGGUGAGGAAGAAGGCACCUAUAACGAGCACGCCUCGUUUAUUGAGGAGGCCUCCAGUGGUGCAGCUGCUGGUUUGGUGGAAGGCGACGAAGAAGGCACCGAAAUUGAAGACAUUAUCGAGGAGGAUGAAUUCGAAGAGGAAGAAGACGCACUGGCAGAACAAAAACAAUUAGCUGACACGCAUGAAGCAGUCACGAGCACCUCAUCAGUCACGCCCACAAAUCAUGAAACUGAGCCAACUGAGGAAACUGAGACUGUUUCUUUCACAGGCAGGGCAGUCGAGGAGAGCAUAAAACUAGACGCAGCAUCAACAAUUGAAGCUGAGCCAGUUGUAGCUUCUGCUCCGGAAGAGCCUGCAAAUGAAGCUGAGACUUCGGUCGGAGAGACUGUGGAAUCUAUUUUCCCAACACCGAUAGCUCUUACCGAAAGUCGACCAGUAGAACUGCCCGCGGAAAUUGUUUUAGAGCCGGUUUCUCAACCAGCUGAGGCACUGACUGUGCCAACUGCCUUACCCCUAACUCCCGCUCCACCCAUUGUCGACUCCGAAACCCGUCCAUUGGAACCACCUAGCGAAACAGUAUUGGAAGAGCCCAAAAAGGUAAUCCCCAACAACAACACACACGCCACAACAAGCAAAAAGACAACCAAAACAGAGACACCAACAACUACCAAAGCACUCAGCACUCAACCCAAAGCCACCAAGACCCCGGUUAGCAAAAUACCCAAGCUCACAAAUGAAACCACAAACAACAACACCAAGAAAUUGCCGUUGCGUUCCAAGUCCUUUUCCGCGCCCAUGGGCAUCUCCUCCGUCAAACGCAUACAGCAGGAGUUCCUGCAGAAGCAAGCGCCAUCGAGUCCAACGACAGCAAGUCGUGUGCCGCUCAAGAGUAGCCCCAGCAAUAAGAAAUCCCUGACUGAGGCCAUCAACAAAUUCAAUACAAAAACCACACUGGAUGGGCCCAGCACAAGUGGGGCAGCGGCUGCGGUUAACGCUCUUCUGAAGCCCCGAACUCAGCCAAGGAUACCCAAAAAGAAAUACCACGAAACCUGCUUCUCGGAUGACGACUACGAGACCUCGGCUACAGAGGAGGAUGACCAGGAACAGCUGCCGGCACCAGUCAAGGCCGAAAUGCUUCAGCGUAAACUCAGCAUGCCCGUCUUUCGCGCCUAUCCCAGUGUCCAGGAACCAGUCAUUGAGGAGCCAGCGGUGCUGGCACGCAAAUAUGUGGAACAGCAGCUGGUGACGAACAUUGCGGAAGCACAAAUAGCCGCCACUCUGGUGAACAUGAAGUUCCAGGAGGAUGUCGCUCUGUGGGCGGCCAGAGAGUGCUCGGAUUUGGAUCAGGCCAUAUCCAUGUUGCAGCAGGAAUGCGAGCUAUGCAUGAAUAACUAUCCAAUGAAUCAGAUUGUGUCCAUGCUGAAGUGCACCCACAAAUGUUGCAAACAGUGCGCCAAAAGCUAUUUCACCGUACAGAUAACCGACCGCAGUAUAAACGAUUGCAGCUGCCCGUACUGUAAGCUGCCCGAGCUGAGCAACGAGCUGCAGCAUGAGGAUGAACAUUUGGAAUACUUUUCCAAUUUGGAUAUAUUUCUGAAGAGCAUUUUGGACAGCGAUGUGCACGAGCUGUUCCAGCGCAAACUGCGGGAUCGUACACUGUUGCAGGAUCCCAAUUUCAAGUGGUGCAUACAGUGCUCCUCGGGUUUCUUUGCCCGACCCAAGCAGAAGCGUUUGAUAUGCCCCGAUUGUGGUUCGGUGACCUGUGCCCAGUGCCGCAAGCCCUGGGAACGCCAACACGAGGGCACCAGCUGUGAGGCGUAUCUCGAGUGGAAGCGGGAGAACGAUCCGGAGCUGCAGGCCCAAGGAGUACAGGAGCAUUUGGCCCAAAAUGGCAUCGAUUGUCCCAAGUGCAAGUUUCGCUAUUCAUUGGCCAGGGGCGGCUGCAUGCAUUUCACCUGCACCCAGUGUAAAUUUGAGUUCUGCUACGGCUGCGCCAGACCCUUCAUGAUGGGCGCCAAGUGCAACAUUUCCCCGUACUGCGCCAAGCUGGGCUUGCAUGCCCAUCAUCCACGCAAUUGUCUCUUCUAUCUGCGCGACAAGAUACCCUUGCAGCUGCAGUUCCUGCUCAAGGAGCACAAGGUCAAGUUCGACACGGAACCUGUGGAGCUGCAGGACGAGCCAAGCAGCUCCAGCAAGGCGCGCGCCCAGGCACGCUGUCCCAUACCGCUGCAGAAGGAGACACCACAGGGCCUAGUCGACACUGUCUGCAACAGCGAAGUGCCCGAAAAACAUGCGGGCAUGUGUCGCACACAUUACGUAGAGUAUUUGGCUGGGAAGGUGGCCAAGGCCAGCAUCGAUCCGUUGCCCAUUUUCGAUUUGACGGACUGCGUACAGGAGUUACGUAGGCGUGGCAUUGCCCUGCCCGAACGUGGGCCCUGGGACACCGACGAGAUCUACAAGAACAUGUGCUCUGAGGUAAUCAAACAACAUAUACCACUGAAAUCGGCCUGAGUGCGAUCGUAUAUAUAUAUACAUAUAUAUACAAUAGCUGGACCCGGCUGGAUAUGGCUCUUCCUGAACAACUUGGACGUCGCUCUUUGAGUGCUGCACUUUUUUUCAUAUCAUGCAAUUCUUUAUGAUUUAUCGCAUACAUUUUUAUAUAGACAUUUUUAUAUAUAUAUAUAGAGCAUACACAUAUAUGUUUAUGUAAAUUUUAGACAGCUUUUUAGACAUUCACACGCCCCCGCCCCCGCCCAUUCGUACACACCCACAGAUCUAUUUGUUUAGCUAGUAAGCAAUUUGAAAUGAUUUUUGUUUUGCACAGCAUCAGCCGAGACACAAACCAUAGACUUUAUAUGGACAGACGAGAGAGAGACAGACACGUGGCAUUAAUGGCAUCCAAUAAACAAGCUUUUGUGUGUGCAACAAUUUA